GAACUUUUAGUAGAUCCUUUUGAAGAACCUUUGAAAGAACCUUUAGAAGAAUCUUUAGAAGAAGUAGAACUUUUGGAAGAGCUUUUAGAAUCUUUAUUUUUUUGGCGAUUACUUUUCGAUGUUGUAGAGUUAGACACAUUAGAUAUAGAUUUUGGCAUAGUAGAGUUGGACGUAAAUUUAGGUGUAGAGUUAGGCAAAGAAGAGUUAGACAUGGAGUUAGAUGUGGAGUUAAAUGUAGAGUUAGGCAUAGAGUUAGACAUGGAGUUAGACGUGCCAGAAUU